AUGCAGAGGCCCAGAUUUGAAUUGCCAGAAGCUUUGGUUAUGGAAAUUCUGUCAAAGCUUCCAGUUAAAUCCCUUACUCGCUUCAACUGUGCUGCCAUUUGGAACCCAUCAACCAGAGAGUUUAAAAUCCUUCCACCAUCUUCAAUCCAACGCCCUCCAUAUUUUUCCUAUUUCGAAGAAACCUACCUUACUUUAGAAGACGUUUCUUUUAACCACGCUGCUUUUGGGUUUGAUUCUAUAACUGAUGACUACAAAGUCAUACGAUUUGUUACUCUUACUUAUGUUAAUAGUGAAGAAGAAUAUCCAUAUCCUCAUUCUAUGUGCCAAGUUGAGUUGUAUUCUCUUAGAAGUAAUUCCUGGAAGGAAAUUCCAUCUCCUGAUUAUACACCAACGGAAACAACUUUGGGAAAUAAUUAUGUAGAUGGAAUUUGCUAUUGGAAAACAAUGACAGGGGCAUAUCUUGAUUUUAGAGGACUAAUUCUUUCAUUUGACGUGGGGAAUGAGAAGUUCUCAAUUUUACCUAUUCCAGAAUCCGUUGGGUCUUUCCCAGAAUACUAUGUCGAUCUAUUGGUGUUUAAUGGAUCACUUGGUGCUAUUGUUUACCCAUCGGAAAGAAUUGACACGUCUUUUGAUUUAUGGGUUACAAGUGAAGGAGUGUGGACUAAACAAUUCAAUAUUAAAUCCAUUUCUGGAGUUGUAAACCCAUUGGGAUUUGGAAAAAAUGGUGACUUGUUUCUUAGAGACACAAAUGAUGAAGUGCUCCUAUUUGACGCCUCCACCCAAGAGCUUAAGGAGCUUGAGAUUAAUACUUAUCUAGAUCAUUUUCGGUUUGCCAUCUCCUUCAUGCUUAUUUAG